GUCUUCUUUCUAUACUUGGGCCGGGGCACGUGCAGGUUGAACGAAGGAGACACCACAGGCAACGGUGGCGGCACAACCAGCAGGCAUGACCCUCAGCUGACCCUUGAAGCAUGCUUGGACGUUUGCUUCUCCAUCGACUACUGUACUGGCGUGGAAUUUCAAGACAAGCAUCAGAGGUGUGAAGUUUGGAACAGGAGCAUCGGCUUCGUCCGGGGCUCCUCCUCAUUUGCCUGUGUUGGACAGAAGGAGGUGGAUUGCAGCUAUUUUGCUGGCAAGAAUUGCACUGCAGAAAUCUACGACCGGAACGCAUCGGAGAAGCUCGAACGAUUGCAUUCUGCGUGCCCAAAUGCUUGCACGGAAGUGCAACCUGUUUGUCCAUCAGAUUUCUCCUUUAUGGCCACCCAGAUUGGCGGCUUAUACCUCACCUCUGGCGGUGCAGGACAGACGCAAAAUAUGGCUGGGGAACAGUACGAGAGUGGCUACAACAUGUUCUUUGAAGUGAACGGGCAAGCCAGUGCUGUCAGAGGACAGCUGUCAGUGACUGCCUUGUCUGUGGAUGGCACCCUUCAGGAUAUAUCUGGCCGGGCCUCGUUUCUCUCCAGCAGGAUCGGCACGAAGUUGAUGCUCGGGCCUUGGGGCGACGACACCUUCGAAGCGGUGGCUGCAGUGGCGGAUGCCGAUCAGGUGGUGCUCAUGGGGCCCUUGAGCAAGGUGAACGCCAGCGUCGCCCAUCGCAGCACCGUCUUCUCCAUGACACGUCCCUACUCUGAGAUGCUACUGGCGCCCUUUGAACUCAUCGCGCAACAAGGCGCUGCCACAGUGAGCGUCAUCACCCCGAGCUGGGCUCGCGCACAAGCGGAGUUCCUGGUGUCCAAUUUCAAGACUUGUGAAACCGUUCCGCAGACUGCUGGCAUCACUGGGCUGGUCUUUCUUCGCAGCGAAAUCUUGGAGAACUUGACCACGGCGCACGUGGCCGACGUCAUGGACCACCUUCUGACUCCGCGACCCGAUGUGAUUGUGUGCUGCGAAUCCUCUGUGACUUGUGCGACGGCAGUUUUGAACACUACUUAUCACAAGGACUACGACGCGAAAGCGUUCAUCAUUUUCGACGAUGACCUUUUGACCGGUCCUUUGAAUUUUGCUGCUGCAAACUUGGUGAACAACAAUGACGUGAAUACCUUUUUGCUCGAGCAGCUGCAGAUCAUGGGUACCGUCCAGACUCAGGCCGCCCUGGAUCUUUGGAAGUUCCCUACGUAUUUGAACAUGGCUGGAUAUUCCUCUGAUUGGUCUUCGGAGACGAUGGAGCUGCUCAAGGAUUGUCUUGUGGUGUCUGACUGGGACCGGAGCACUCCAGGUGCUGCAGCCUUCAUGUACCUCCAAUACUACUUGGUGCGGACCCAUGCGCGUCCAGAGUCCGCCGCCGCGUCCGCAGCCGCCGCCAUUCUCUUGAAGGCAGUCCAAGAGGCCAACUCCACCAACCCUCAGGCUGGCGGAGCGCUGUAG